CGGCUAAGCCCUUUUCUUCGUCACAAAGUAUUCACUCUUCGCUCUCAAUGCAACCGCGUUCGCGUUUUCUCUCUCCUUCUCUUUCCUCGAAAUUCUCCUCUGUUCCACUCUAUAAACCUGUACCUCUCUUCUCGCUUCCUCACCCAGCAUCAGACCGAGAUAAAGAAAUGGAGAUCAGUACUCACAAGGAGCAGUCUUCGUUCAGGCAUUUCAGCGAACAGCUUCGGCUCGAGACCGCUGCCUUUUCCAGCCUCUCCAUCGGCGACAGCAUAUGGAGCGAUCACUUCCUCCCGGAAACCGGAAAGACCCUCGAUGAACGCCGGAACUUCCUUUCCGGCGCCGCGCCGGAGUUCAACCCCAGCGGGCUCGGAGCCCAAAAGCUCGCCUUUACCAACUCCAGCCUCAAUCGGAUCAAAAGCAACGGCGACGAAUACAGUUCCAUGGACGGGAUCAAGGAUGGGAGUUUCUCAAAUAAGAGGUUCGGAUUUACCAACGGAAAUGGAUUGAUGAAGAAUUAUUACUUCGAUAAGUCAUUUGGGAAGCAUGUGAACGGCAAGAAGAACAACAGCAGCAAUGGUGCUGCUGGGAGGAAAAAGAAUGGGAAUAGUAAUAACGGACUCAACAAGAACAGCAAUCAUAGCAGGGAUAUCAAUAGCAACAGUAAUGGAGGAGGGGUGGACAAGCGAUUCAAGACAUUACCGGCGUCCGAGGCGCUGCCAAGGAACGAAGCGGUUGGAGGUUACAUCUUUGUCUGCAACAACGAUACUAUGCAGGAAAACCUAGAGAGACAGCUCUUUGGUUUGCCAUCAAGGUACAGGGAUUCAGUUAGGGCAAUAACACCUGGCCUGCCUCUCUUCCUCUACAAUUACUCCACGCAUCAGCUCUAUGGUAUCUUUGAGGCUGCAAGUUUUGGUGGAACAAAUAUAGAUCCGUUAGCUUGGGAGGACAAGAAGAAAUCUGGGGAAUCUCGUUUCCCUGCUCAGGUGAGGGUUGUGACAAGAAAACUCUGCGAACCAUUGGAGGAGGAUUCAUUUCGCCCCUUUCUUCACCAUUAUGAUGGCCCCAAGUUUCGGCUAGAGCUUAGCAUCCCUGAGGCUCUGGCACUUCUUGAUAUAUUUGAAGACAAGUAUGCAUAGGGCUGGGAUUACUGGCAAAGCAGGGAGAGCAGCGGCAUCCAACGCAUUGCCAAAUAAUUUAGCUUAUAUAAUACCUAAGAGGUGUGCUGUGUAUGAGAAGAUGAUCGGCAAAUAACAUUUUUUGAAUGAUGUAUAUGAUAAAGAUAUUGAAAAUGUAUUGAUAAAAGUGGAUAUAAAGAAUAUUGCUCAAGUUGGAUAUUUUAUUUCAUUAGGGUGAGAAUAUACUAUAAUACCCACCGUUGUUUUA